AUGGGGAAGAACCAGGCGUACAAGGCGAUGCAGCGGGCGCGGCUGGGCUCGUCCUCCGGCGCCCCCGGCGAAGGGGAGGAAGACGGCAUGACGGACGGUUCAUUUCAUUCUCCAGAGUGGCACGCGGCGCGCUUGGCCAGCCUCAACAAGACCCACACCCUCACGUGGGAGGAGUUCAAGAAGAAGCAGAAGGACGAGGAGCUAAAGAGAGGUGAGGUGGAGGCUGACAAAGAUAAAAUGAUGAGAGAGUAUAGAGCUCAACUGGAUGCUGAAAGGGCCCAAAAGCUUGGUCGUGGAAGAGACGUUGUAAAGUCAAAAUCAUCAUCUUCCAAGAAAGAAAAGAAGGAAAAGGACGCAAAGAAACGGAUUAAAAAGAGGAGGAAGGUAUUACUCUCAAAUACAAAUCACAGAAGUUCGUCAGAAAGUUCCAGCUCAUCAGAAUCAUCAAGUAGUGAUGAUGAGGACAGGGGUUCAAGAAAAUCCCGAUCCCGAUCAAGAUCAAAGCGAAGUAAGAAAGAUAAGAAGCACAGGUCCCGAUCCAAGCAUGCGGGAAGUGACAGCGAGGAGGAAGGCCCUGUUCGCCUCUCGAAAUUCUUUGGGAAUGCAAAGAAUUAG